CGACUUUAAUAAUUUCUCCGACUGUGUCCGAUUCUGUACUCGCGGUCCUACAGCAUGGGGACGGAUCUGUCUCUUAGGCCUGGCCAUCACGCUGGAUUGCCAUUUGAGAAGAGUCAUCUCUUCGCUCCUCUAUCUCUCUAUCAUCGUCUCAGUCCUUCUGUCCCCAUCCACUCACAUAGUACACACGCCUGCAGACAUGUCUUUAGCUCUUGUCCACCCCCGAUCACUCGUCUCUCUGGAGCCCACGGAGUACUAUGGGCUCUAUGUAGGCCUGGGCUUUAUCCUACUGCUGGCCUACCCUGCCUUUUCCCUGAUUCGAAUUCUGUGCGGGCGCGCAAACGAUCAUCUCUGGUUUUUCCGGCAACUUCUGCUCCCCGUUUGGUUAUGUGGGCGGAGAAUUAUCCUCGGAUAUGAAGCGAUUAUGUUUUGUCUUUUCUUGGCCGUGAAUAUACUAUCCAUUGUCAUCGGGUCCGCUAAUGAUACUACCGAGCUGAUCAGACGUCUCGGUCAAGUGGCUAUUAUCAACCUUGUCCCGACCUUCCUGGGCGCACACAUGAACCACGUCGCCAAUGCCUGCGGGUUUCACUACGAACGCUAUGCCAGGUUGCACACCUGGCUCGCGGCCGUUGUUAUCGUCGAGGUCGUCUUACACACAGUUCUUGCCGUGAAGCAAACAGGCUACGACGGCCCAUCCCAUCAUGUAACCGGGAUCCUUGCGUCAUCGUCCAUCGGGGCUAUAGCCGUCUUCUCUGUCCCCGUGAUUCGACGCCGAAUGUUCGAAUUGUUUACUUAUAUUCACACGCUGCUGGUCACGGCCGCCUUGGUCGCCAUCUGGUUGCAUCUGCCCCCCUCGUCGUUCCAAAGAGGACCGCGUCUCUACCUCCUUCUCAGCUCCUUCAUCUUCGCCUCGACCAAAGUUGGCCGAUUGCUCAACGUUCUAUACUUGAGCAUAUCCUUCUCAGCCGGCGGCAGCGUGGCCACAGUCCAAGAACAAGGCGGCGGCGUGGAGGUUCGCGUACGACUGGCCCGUCCAUUGCGGUUUAAGGCGGGACAGUAUAUCUACCUCAGCCUAUGGCGUCUUUCGACCCUCUCCAUUUUUGAGUCGCACCCGUUCCAGAUCUGCUGGGCAUACCGGGACGAGAGCGACCAGCAGGUGAUCGUCUUGCUUGCCCAACCCCGGCGAGGCUUCACUAGUAGGCUGUUGGGACCGGCGCCCCGGAAAUACCGGGCCCUCAUCGAAGGCCCCUAUGGUAAGUCCCUCUCGCUCGGCGAAUAUGGGACGGUCCUGCUCCUCGCCACCGGGGUCGGCAUCGCCGGACAGCUGCCAUACGUCAAGGAGCUGCUCGAACUAUACCAAGACUGCCAGGCUAAGACACGACGGGUCGCCUUAUUUUGGGAGCUGGAUGCGGAAGUGCAUCGGUAUUGGGUAAAGGAUUGGAUGGAUGAACUACUAGCACUUGAUAAAGAUUACAUUCUCGACAUGCAGCUAUACAUCCCAGGCCGUUUCCUCUCCCGGCGGGCGUCUGAGAGUACCGUCAAGAAGCUUGGGACGCACGGCCGCAUCACAUUAACCUACGCGGCGAUGCGUGCAGACCAGCUGAUCGCCUCCGAGAUCGCGCAACGCAAGGGGAGGACUCUCGUUUCAUUGUGUACUCAUGCGACGACAACCCGAGCCGUCGUAGAAGUCGUCCAGAGUUUUGGGGAUCAGAAUAUCCGAACAGAAAUAUUAGAUUUUCAGCCCUAGCCAGCUGGCCCCUUUACAAAGAGAGCAGGCGGUUUUCUUUAGGUACUUUGGUGUAGACCUGUACAUGUAACAGCUAGGAUUCGUUAGAUUUGCUUCCAAACUACGAAAUGCUUAAUUUCGCAUAUAUAAUGCAAGCAUUCCUCUAGGUAGCAUGAGUUCCACGCUAUGGUCUACGUGUGCCGCCCUGCGUAUUAGCCGCAACUUAGAUUUCAAUUCACGUCGAAGUAAAU